AUGGACGGCGGGAAGAAGGGGAGUGUGGAAAUCGACAUCAGUCCGCCGCCUCCCGUGAAGAACACCGGCGGAGGCAGUAGUACUUCUAGUAAUACUUCACCAAGCCAAUGGAUUUGGGACGUGCUGGAAUUUGCCAUGGAGGACACCAACAGGGUGACCUUCUCCCUCAAAGUAGGCUUCGCUUGCCUCCUCGUGUCACUGCUCAUACUGAUCAGGCAUCCCUACGAGUUCUUUGGUACCAACAUUGUUUGGGCCUUAAUCACUGUGGCCAUCAUGUUUGAGUACACCGUUGGUGCUACAUUUAACAGAGGAUUCAACAGAGCUCUGGGGAGUUUGUUUGCCGGAAUCUUUGCAGUGGUGUCCAUGCAUAUCGCCGCGUCGAGCGGCAGCAUAUUGGCACCUUAUAUCAUUGCUUUUAGUAUCUUUCUUGUCGGAGCCAUCACAUCCUUCAUGAAGCUGUGGCCAUCCUUGGUUCCUUACGAGUAUGGCUUUAGGGUCAUCCUACUCACAUAUUGUUUGAUCGUCGCCAACGGGUAUAAUCGAGUGGGAGAUGCGAUGAGGACCUCCGUCGAUCGGCUGUACUCGGUCGCGAUCGGCGGCGUCGUCACCGUCCUCGUGAACGUUCUCCUUUUUCCAAUAUGGGCCGGCGAGCAGCUGCACAAAGAGCUCAUCGAGCACUUCGACUUGGUGGCCGACUCCCUUCAAGAAUGCGUGAAGAAGUACCUGAACGACGACGGAACCGAGCGGCCGGAAUUCUUAAAGACGGUGAUGGACGACUUCCACGACGAGCCAGCUUAUCGCAAGUGUCGAGCUAUUUUGAAAUCAUCGUCGGCGCUAGAUUCCUUGGCCAGUUCUGCUAAAUGGGAGCCACCGCACGGUAGAUUCCGGCAUUUCUUCUAUCCGUGGGCAGAGUACGUAAGUGUCGGCUCUGUUUUACGUCACUGCGCCUAUGAAGUCAUGGCGAUGCAUGGAUGUUUGCAUUCAGAAAUACAAGCUCCUUAUAGUCUACGGUGUGCAUUCCGAGCUGACAUCCUCGACACAGCCACACGAGCAGCCGAGCUCCUCCGUAGCUUAAGCGAAGACAUCUACAACAUGAAGCGUUGCCCUCACCCCACGCUUCUCAAUCACGUCCAUAAUUCCACUGAGCGCCUGCAGCGCUCCAUUGACCUCCACUCCUACCUCCUCACUUCCUCUCAGCUCUCCUUAGACAGGGAGGAGGAAGACGGAGAUAACGACGACGACGACGGCCAUCUAAUUGAAGUCGUGGCGAUAAAUGUUGGUGCUUUCAAGGAGACGACGGUGACAAAGCAGCACAGGCGGCGACUCCGGUCGUGGCCGUCUGUCGAGGCGGCUGAGCUUGAAGAUGGAGCCAUCGGCUUGAUGCAGAGACGCUCGUUCGAGCGCAGUACUGCUGCUCUGUCCCUCGCUACGUUUACAUCGUUGCUCGUAGAGUUCGUGGCGCGGCUUGAUCACUUGGUGGAAGCGGUUGAUAAGCUUGGAAGGUUGGCCAAGUUCAAGCAUGAGAUCGUGUCAUCGUGAGCUAGAGCAUUAUGUUGGUCUUCACUUUUAUAUAUAUUUUUUUUAAAAAAAAAAUAUUAUACACUUAAAGGAGGAAUAAAUCCUUCAGU